AUGGAGUUGGAUAUAGGACUCAAAAUCACCAAAACGAAAGAUGAUGGUAGUCUUACCACAUCCAAUCUUAGAAUUACGAAAGAUGGCAAUGGCCCUGUUUUCGUAUCUUUGGAAACCGAAUCCAUGUUCAUUCUUACUGCUCAUCUCAAAGGAUAUAGAAGAGAAAGAAUAAAGAUUGAUAUAAAUGAAGAUGGGACUCUAAUAUCAAUAAGUGGAGAUAAAACAAUUCGAGAAAUACUGAUGGUGAGAUGGACAAUGUACAAAAAAGAAGCAGAGAUUACUGGAUUCAAGAAAGUUUUUAGAAUACCAAAUGGUGUAAAACUAAACAAAAUCAAAGCAAGGUUCAAUCAGGAAGAAACUAUUUUAUCGAUUUUUAUGCCCAAAUUGAAGAAAGGAAUUCAAGGGGUUCGCAUUGAAGAAGUGAUGGAAGUUGCACAAGAACAAGAAGAAGAACAGGUUGUUGAAGAAGCUGUUGCGGUCCAAGAGAAUGAAUCAGAAAAAAUAAAAUUAGAAUCUGUAGAUAUGCCAGCAAUUGAAACAGAGGAAACUAGUAGUAAUAUUGAAGAAAUUCCUGAAAUGGUGAUCCAAGAAGAUCAAGAAACAGAGAGGACUGAAACCCAAGAUGAAGAAGCUCCAGGUGAAGCAGUACAAGAACCAACAGAGAAUGAGAGAAUUCCUGAACUUGAAACCGUAUCUCUAAAAGAGGAGGAAGUUGAAGAAAUUCACGAUGAAUCUAGUUUGUAGUGAAAAAGAUGAAGAAUUCAUUGAAGAGAUAGUCAAGCAAGAAGAUUUGGUAGAGGAUACUUCGGUUGCGCUUGUGGAACCAGAAGAAGAACCCUUAAAACCUGAACAUGAACAAGAACUUGUAGAAGAAAAAGAAGAAACCAUGGAACAACGACAACUUCAAGGUGAAGAAAUGCAGAAUUACGAUGAGGAAGAAUCUUCAAUUGAGAAUAAGGCAACAAGUCCCACAAAUGGAACGAGUCCGUGGCUGCGGUAUCCAUUUGGUGUUCCUUCUGGUUUCAUUGUAGGAUCAACUUUAUUUGGACUACUUAUAGCUCUUGUUGUUCAUUUACUAAGUGAAAAUAAAAAAAUAAAAAAACACGGUACAAGUUAAUAUAUGCACAUGAUAUCUUCAUAUUUCAUCUCUCAGAUUUUGUCAUUUGAAUGGUUAGUGAUUUUUUGUUUGAGUGCAUUUGAGUCUUAUUUGUGUUGUAUG